AUGUUGCGUCCUAUCCCCGCCCGUCACCUCGUCCGCACAAACUCGCCUUUCCACCAGACCAUCCGUUUGCUAUCUACUCCCCCACCUCCGCCCCAGAGCCGACCGCUCGACGGCAUCACCGUCGUCUCCCUUGAGCAAGCCAUCGCUGCCCCCUUCUGCACCAGGCAGCUCGCCGACCUCGGUGCACGCGUUAUCAAAGUCGAGCGGCCUCCUACAGGCGACUUCGCUCGCGCCUACGACACGCGAGUGAAAGGCCUGUCGUCGCACUUCGUCUGGACAAACCGUGGCAAGGAGUCGCUUGCCCUUGACCUCAAGAACACGCACGAUCUCACGGUCCUGAAGAAGCUCGUAGGGAAGGCGGACGUGCUCAGCAUGGUCGAGUGGAUGGGCUUCCCCUUGUACUACACGUACGCUGGUGCCCCGGGCCCACAGCUGAGCGGUGCAGCGCACGCUGCGAUCUAUCCGUACGGCCCAUUCAAGACACGCGACGGAGAGGUGAUGCUGGGGUUGCAGAACGAGCGUGAGUGGACGCGUUCCUGUGGCGGCGUCCUUGGCUGCCCAGAGCUUGCGUCUGACGCGCGGUUCGCGAGCAACGCGCUUCGAGUAAAAAAUCGGGAUGCGCUCAAGGUAAUCAUCGAGGAAGUGUUUGGCUCCUACUCGGCGCAAGAGGUCCUGGCGAGGCUGGACGAGGCAGAGAUCUCAAAUGCACGAGUGAAUGACAUGCAGGGCGUUUGGCGACACCCGCAGUUGGAGGCGCGUAAAAGGUGGACGCAGGUCCGGACAGAGAAAGGUAUGGUGCCUGCUUUGCUACCCCCGGGAUUUGUGCCAGAAGGAGAGGAGGGGCUAAGCGCGAGGAUGGAUGGGGUCCCGGCGCUGGGAGAGCACAAUGAGAAGAUAUUGAAGGAGCUAGGUGAGGUGUAG